UAAGUCCUCCAACAUUAUUGGUCACAGCCUAAUGAUUGCCAUUAUUCAUCACCAAAUUUUUAUUCAGCUACAGACUAAUUUAAACGCUGUCACAUGACAUGUUUUUUGGCAUUAUGAUUAGAGUUGUUAGGUAGGUGUAUUGUUGGCACUGGCUAAUCCCUUUAUCUCUAAACCUCAAGUCAUACACAUACUAUAAUACAAGAAAACUCAGAAAUGAGUCAUUUUUCUGAUAAAAAGCCACAUGCAGUGUUGAUUCCAUAUCCACUUCAAGGACAUAUCACUCCAUUAAUAACACUAGCAAAGCUUCUUCACCUUAGAGGCUUUCACAUAACCUUUGUCAACACCGAAUACAAUCACAAACGCUUGCUCAAAUCAAGAGGUCCAAAAGCGUUUGAUGGUUUCACCGAUUUUACCUUUGAGACUAUUCCAGAUGGUUUAACUCCGAUAGAAGGCGAUAGUGAUGUUAAUCAAGACAUAUAUGCUCUAUGUGAAUCAAUCAGAAAGAACUUCCUACAACCUUUUUGUGAACUUCUUGCUAGACUUAAUGACUCUGCCACUUCUGGUCUUGUCCCUCCAGUUACUUGCAUAGUUUCUGAUAAUAGCAUGUAUUUUACAAUACAAGCUGCUGAAGAACUUUCAAUCCCUGUUGUUUUCUUUAGUCCAGCCAGUGCAUGUAUGUUUUUGACUUGUUUUCACUUACCUACACUGUUUGACAAAGGUGUCAUACCACUAAAAGAUGACAGUUAUCUCACAAACGGAUAUUUGGACACUAAAGUAGAUUGUAUUCCAGGACUGAAAAACUUCCGAAUCAAGGAUCUUCCGGACUUUGUAAGAGCAAAAUAUCCAAAUGAUUCCAUGGUAGAAUUUAUCCUUGAAGCGUCUGGAAGGGCUCACCGACCCUCUGCUUAUAUUUUAAACACUUCUAAUGAACUUGAGAAGGAUGUAAUGAAUGCUCUCUCCACUGUGUUCCCUUGUAUUCAUGCUAUUGGCCCUUUAUCUUCGUUUUUAAAUCAAAGUCCAGAAAACCAUUUGACAUCUUUAAGCACCAAUUUUUGGAAAGAAGAUACCAAGUGUCUUUAUUGGCUUGAAUCCAAGGAACCUAGGUCUGUUGUUUAUGUGAAUUUUGGGAGCUUGACAGUUAUGACUGCAGAAAAACUGUUAGAGUUUGCAUGGGGUUUAGCAAAUAGCAAGCAACCCUUUUUGUGGAUCAUUAGGCCCGAUCUUGUCAUCGGCGGCUCAGCUGUUUUGUCAUCGGAGUUUGUGAAUGAAAUUUCAGAUAGAGGCCUAAUAACGAGCUGGUGUCCGCAAGAGCAAGUACUGAACCACCCUUCAAUUGGUGGAUUCUUGACUCAUUGCGGAUGGAACUCAAUCACUGAAAGCAUAUCUGCUGGAGUUCCAAUGUUGUGUUGGCCAUUUUUCGCUGAUCACCCAGUAAGCUGCAGAUAUUUAUGCAAUACAUGGAAAAUUGGAAUUGAAAUCGACACUAAUGUGAAGAGAGAGGAGGUGGAGAAGCUGGUUAAUGAAUUGAUGGUGGGAGAGAAAGCAAAGAAGAUGAGGCAAAAGGCAAUUGAGUUGAAGAAGAAGGUGGAGGAGGACACGAGACCUGGAGGCUGUUCAUACAUGAACUUGGAGAAAGUGAUUAAGGAGGUGUUACUCAAACAAAAUCGAACUUAAGUGACUUUUGUACGAUUUUUAUAGUUUUGUUCGGACCAAAUAAUUUGCAUUUUAUGUCUACCUAUGUUCUUAAGUGUGGAUAUCAACAUUUUAGUCAGGAACAUCGUAACAAUGCAUUCAACUUCAUCAAGUUCAUUCUUCGUAACUAAAGAUCACAUUAAUAUUAUAUUCAUAAA